GUCAUGUUCAAGUUCACGUUCGCAUUGGCGCUCUGCGUUCUGGCCGCCGGUUUGGUGCUGGCGCAGCAUAACCCUCACUGGUGGGGCAACCGGAAUACCAUCGUCCACCUCUUCGAGUGGAAGUGGGAGGACAUCGCCGAGGAGUGCGAGAACUUCCUAGGUCCGCGUGGCUUUGCCGGCGUGCAGGUCAGUCCGGCCAACGAGAACAUCGUGUCGCCAGGACGCCCCUGGUGGGAGCGCUACCAGCCGAUCUCCUACAAGCUGAUCACGCGGUCGGGCAACGAAGAGCAGUUUGCAGACAUGGUGCGUCGCUGCAAUGAAGUGGGCGUCCGAAUCUACGUCGAUGUCCUGCUCAACCACAUGUCGGCGGACUUUGUCGGCCAGGCUGUGGGCACGGCCGGCACAGAGGCCGAUCCCGCCGUGAAGUCGUUCCCGGGCGUGCCCUACUCAGCGGAGGACUUCCACCCGAGCUGCGAGAUCUACGAUUGGAACGAUCGCUACCAGAUCCAGCACUGCGAGCUGGUGGGCCUUAAGGAUCUCGAUCAGAGCCGAGACUGGGUUAGGACCAAGCUGAUUGAGUUCCUCGAUCAUCUGAUCGAGCUGGGAGUGGCUGGCUUCCGCGUGGAUGCGGCCAAGCACAUGGCCUCAGAGGAUCUCGAGUUUAUUUACGGCAGCCUGAGCGAUCUGAAAAUUGAGCACGGAUUCCCCCACAGCUCCCGUCCUUUCAUCUUCCAAGAGGUGAUCGACCAUGGUGGACAGGAAGUCACCCGCGAGGAGUACAACAGCCUGGGUGCCGUCACCGAAUUCCGCUUCUCGCAGGAGAUCGGCAACGCCUUCCGUGGCAACAACGCCCUCAAGUGGCUUCAAAGCUGGGGCACCGACUGGGGCUUCCUCUCGUCGGGCCAGGCACUUACCUUUGUCGACAAUCACGAUAACCAGCGUGAUGGCGGAGCAGUGCUGACCUACAAGUCUCCUCGCCAGUACAAGAUGGCCACCGCCUUCCACCUGGCCUAUCCCUACGGCAUCAGUCGCGUGAUGAGCUCCUUCGCCUUCGAUGACCACGACUCGGCUCCGCCCCAGGACGCGCAGGAGGAGCUGAUCUCGCCCGAGUUCGAUGCGGAUGGCGGCUGUGCCAAUGGCUGGAUCUGCGAGCACCGCUGGAGGCAGAUCUACAACAUGGUGGGCUUUAAGAACGCCGUGCGCGACACUGAGAUCUCCAAUUGGUGGGACAAUGGCGACAGCCAGAUCGCCUUCUGCCGCGGCUCCAAGGGCUUCAUUGCAUUCAACAACAACAUGUACAAUCUCGCGGAGGUACUGCAGACCUGUCUGCCCAAGGGAGUCUACUGUGACGUCAUCUCGGGAGACCUGAUCAACGGAUCCUGCAGCGGCAAGUCCGUCUACGUCGGGGACGACGGCCUGGGCUUCGUCAGCAUCGAUUCCGAUGACUUUGACGGCGUGUUGGCCAUUCAUGUGGACGCGAGAAUUUAAGACAAGACCCAGAGGAGGGCUUUAGUUAACGACAGAAAUAUUCGAUUUAUUUUGUCUCAAAUUACAAUAAAAACGAACGCAUAUAAUGUAUGUAAUGUAUGUAUGAAUA